AUGCAAAACUCCCCCACAUUCAUGCUCCAUCCCGCCGGCUCCGACCUCGAAAGUAACUCCUCCCAUGGCUACCUCCAGCCCGCCGACUGUCGCUCAAGUCUAGCCGAUCCAGUCCCCGCCUUGACCUUCCCAGACCCAGCUCGAACCAGAGACUAUCCCUACUCCAUGGACGAACAAGACAUGCUCUCCCAUCGCGCCAGCGUGAGCACCGACGAGUCCUCCAACGACUCGCCUGAAUCCUGGGACGAUGGACCCUCUUCCGACAACUCCCCACCCGGCGACGUGGGCGGCGUCGGCGUAAAAUUCCCACAGAUGUCCACGACGUUUAUCGGUCCCUCCGCAGUACUCCAGUUCAAUGUGGUCGCGUCGCCCGAAGCCGGAGGAGAGUCCGACGUAGUGCCGAAAGUAGAGGAGAUGGACGACAGCGACGGACUGGCGAGCAUCAGGGCGCUGGAGCCCGCGGCCGCUCCCGUCAAUGUUCCACGGAAACGGGGGCGCCCGCGCAAGCAUCCGCUGCCUGUGCCUGGGGGGCAACUCAAGAUCACAAAGGGCCGCUCGAAGACGGGCUGUAUCACCUGUAGACGGCGCAAGAAGAAAUGCGACGAGACAAAGCCUGCCUGUCUGAACUGCCAGAAGAACGCUGUCGUCUGCGAAGGGUAUCCACCAAAGGAAAUAUGGAAGAGCGGGAAGCAGAAGCUCGAGGAUGGUACGUCUGGCGCUAUACCAUCUUGUCCGCCGGCUAAUGUCGCAGCCCGCACUCAAACGGUCGUCCUCCGCUCCCUCCCCAUUCUCAUUGACGGCAUCGAAACCGAGAUGGAUCGCAGACUCCUCGACCACUUCGUCUACGGCUUCAGCCGCGUCCUUACCCUCAUCAACGACGACUCGAACCCCUUCAAAGAGAUCCUCCUCCCAAUGGCAACGCAGCACCGCGGCCUCAUGCACUCGCUUAUGUGCCUCUCCGGUUCGCACCUCUCAGGCCUAAACCCUGAACCAGGCGUCAAAGAGCGCAAAUUCUACCACUUCCACCGCGCAAUCCGAGACCUCAAAGCCAACAUCAUCGCACGCUCAAACAUGACAGCCGAGCAACCGAGAACAAAAACAAGCGAACAGGGCCCCGACCCCGAACCCGAACUCCUCUCCGAAGACCCCAUCAUCGCCUCUACAAUCGCACUCUCCCUAAACACCAUCUGCGAGGGCGAAACAAACGGCGAAUAUCGCCCGCACAUGGACGCAGCGCGAUACCUACUCGUAACGCAAAAGCCCCGCAACGAAAACUUCCGCCAGUUCAUCGUCGAGUUCUUCCAGUAUCACGACGUCUCAAACUCCAUCACCUCCCUUGAUCGAAGACCCGCACAUCUGGACGGCGAACUCCGCCUCCCCGACUUCGUACCGCACGCGCAAGCCGGCUCGUUCCUCGGCGUCUUCGACGGCCUCUUCCGCUACAUCUCCCAGGUCACCCGGCUACGCGACCGCAUCCGCCAACGCUUCAGCGAGGGCUACGAGCCCGCCGUCGACUACCAGAUUCUCUCGGACGCCGUGAUGAUCGACUCGUCAAUCCGCACGUGGGAGACGUCCCACCCGCCAAAUACACCAAACUACUACCUCGCGCAGCUCUACCGGCAGUCAACGUGGGUGUAUCUGUACCGCACGAUCCGGCCGUCGCGGCCGAGCGAAAAGAUUGCACAGGUCGUUGACGAUGGGCUCGAGUAUAUGGACUUACUACCGCAGGACGCAGGCGCGUUCAGUAUCGUGCUCAUGCCGCUGUUCUUGCUCGGGUGCUCUGCGUUCUUACCGCGGCAACGAGAGCGCAUCCAGAAGGGGUUCGAGGCGCUCAAGGCAUACUCGAACCUGAGGAAUAUCGAGCCUGCGUUCAAGGUUGUUCAGCGCGUUUGGGAGGUCAUGGAUACCCGGAGCGAGGACAGCUGGGAUUGGGAGAGGAUCAUCAAGGAGAUGAACAUGGAUUUCUUGAUUACAUGA